AUGAAAAAAACUCAGGAAUGUAUUUCCGUAGAUUCCAGAGACCCAGACUCUUCAUUCUCAAAUCAACUAAUUCUAGUAAACGAAAGUAAUUCUUUUAAACCUCCAUUUCCACCAUUAAUUAAUAUAAAAGAUUUUGUAACAAAACGAUCCUGUGAACAAAAAAAUCCAAGUAGACCACCAAAUGCUUUCAUUAUCUAUAGAAAAGUAUGUGUUAAUGCUGCUCAUGCAAAAAAUCAUUGUCUACCAAUGACAAUAAUAUCCUCUUUAGCUUCCGAAUUGUGGAAAAAUGAACCUCCGCACGUAAAAAAUUUUUAUAAAAAUAUGGCAAAAGAUGUUAGCAAACAUUAUAGUAAAAUGUAUCCCAAAUUUUACCAACGCAAAAGACGUGAAAAGUGGAAUCUAAUAUCAUUUGAAAAAUCAAAUCAAGAUGAAUUGGAAAAUUCAAAUUUCACUACUAAAUUUCCAAUAAUAGAAUUAAAAGAUUCCAACGAAAAGUCUUCCGAAAAUUGUGAGCACGAAAUUCAAUCUAUUUAUCCUAACCCUGAUUUAUCAUUUGAUAUUAAUACAUACCAAAUAAUAAGAGAAAAAUCUAAUAAACCAUCUGAUAAAGUCACGUAUCCAAAUCCAGAAGCAAAUUCAUUUGAAUUACCAACUUUUAACACUGAAAUCACUGGAAUUGAAAAAUUAAUUUUUGAAAAUAAUUCUGACUACGAAAAUUAUAUUAAUACUUUGACGUGGUACAAUAAUUGUACAUUUUCAACACCACCUACAUUUUUUUUUAAUGCUGUAAACAAUAAUACAUCAGGCGUAUUACCUUUUCAAAAUAAUUUAGAGUCAGAUUAUUCAGAUUCUUAUUUCUUUUAA